AUGGCCGACUCGCAGCUGGCCGCCGAGAAGGCGAGGGCCGAUCAGCUGGAUCAGGAGUUGUCGGAGCAGGUUGAACUCACGGAACGCGCUCAACGCCAAGCGGCCGAGUCUGAGAACGAGAGCAACAGGAGGCUGGCCGAAUGUCUCGAGAUGGAGAGCAGAAGGGAAGAGCUGGAGAAGGCGUACACCCAAUUGAAAGAGUACUACACCCAACUGCACGCCUCUUAUGAGGCCCUCUACAAUUCGGACCUGAGCACCGCCGACCUGGGCACCCUUCGCGAGUCGAUCACCGCCGAAAUCGGCCGAAUCCACGAGGCAACCGCUCGAAUUGUGGAAGUUCGGGCUCAGCUUUCCGGGGGAGCCGCACCGGAUGCGGAUCGACUGGCUGAAAUCGUGAACGCUGUAAUCGAAAGCUGUGGGAUCAACGUCCCAGCCGGGACAUCACUCGUCGAUCGCGUGGACCGUGUCGCCGAGCUGUUGCAGAACAGAAGCCGCGAGGCCGAGGAGGGCAGGGCGGCCGUGUUGAGACAACAGCAGACAUGUGCCGCACUUUUGAAGGCAGGAGCUGUCUCCGAACUCCAAUCUCGCGUCGAACAGCUCAAAGAAGCAGUGACCGAGCUGACAGCGGCAAAAGAAGAUGAAGAGGCCGAGACGGGGCGACGUCGCAACCUACGGACUGAGGUCGCCAUUUUAGCCGCUCGACUCGCCACACGACAAGCGGAUGUCGAUGCCCUUUUCCGAGCCAACGCCGAUCUGGCCCACACUAAUGUCAGGCUGCAGAAUGAGAUUGAUGAGAUGAGGGAGACGGCGACGACGUCGGCAAGUGCAGUGCAAGCAGAGCCGGCUGAAGCUGAACAGCUUCGUCACCAACUCUCCAGCCUGGAGGAUCGACUUCAUGAAGAUCGCCGCCGCAUCGAGGAGCUUGAGGCUCAACUGGCUGAGGCCCGGAACCGAAGUGGCAUCCUGGCUGCUCAGCUUGAAAUCAAGGAGCAUGAGCAGCAACAGCAAGCAUCGUCUGAACAGCUUGAUGAGCUUACCCGGCUUCGCGACGUCGAGAAGCUGCUGAACAACACGAUCUCGAGCUUCGAGGACAAGCUCCAGGAGGCCGAGGAGCGGAUCAACGACUUGGAGGGGGCGCUCGAUGUAGCGCAGACAAAACACGUCGAACCGCAGCCUGAAGCCACCGAGAGCGCCUGGGGCUGGGGCGACGACCAGCAAGGAGAGCCUGAAGCAGUUCAAGCCCCGGUCACCCCGCUUCAAUCCGCCACUCCGGAUUCCCACGCCGACCUGGCCAAACUGAAAGCCCAAGCCGCGAAAGCCGAAGAACGCGCAGAGUUCGCGGAAUCAGAACUUCAAGAAGUUCGAGCCGAGUUUGAGGAGCUGAUGAAUGUGUUGACAAAGUUGAAGCUCGAGCAGAAGGCCUCCGAGGAGAAGAUCAACGUGUUGGAGGUGAAACUGGCAAGCGCUGCCGUAACCGCGCCCGUUCCGGAAGCCCCGGCAACGGAAGGCUGGGGAGAUGACGAUUGGGGAGCUUCGGAAACUACCGUACCCGCAGGGGCUCAAAACUCCGAGGCUACGGGAGCCCUGGAGGAGCUGCAGAAUGAGUUGGAGGAGGAGAGGCAGCUGAAGGAGGAGCUUGAGAAGGAGAAACAGGAGUUGAAUGUUAAGCUCGACGAGCUCGAGACCGAACUCCUCGACAAGAUCGAGGAGCAAGAGCGCUCGGCCGCCGACUUCAAGGAACAGAUCCAGGAGCUGGAGCGGCAGCUAGCGGAGAAUCCUAAGGAGGCUGCUCCUGUUGAGAAUUGGGGCUGGGACGAGCCGGCAGUUGCUGAACAGCAACCCGGCCAAGCCGACGAGCUCAAGCGGGCGCUAGAAGACCGGGAGUCGGAGAACUUGGCGCUGAGGGUGCGGAUUGACGAGUUGGAGCACGAGACCACCGAGAACGCGGCCAACAAGGCGGAAUCCGAGGAGCUGCUCCGCGAGCUUCGCGCCGAAGUCGAGGUGCUUCGCAUCAAGAUCGAAGAAGCUGAGUCCGACGCCAGCCAGGCCAAGCAGCAGCUGGAGAGGACGGAGGCCGAGCAGAAGCCCGAGGAGGCGGAAGAGAGCUGGGGAUGGGGCGAUGAGGGCAAGCUAGCAGAACCAAACGACUCUGAGGCGUUGCAGAGGACCGUGGAACAACUGGAGGGACAGAUCGCCAUCCUCACAUCAGUCGCCCAAAAUGAACGGGAAAACUCGGAGGAACUGCUUCGUGAGCUUCGGGCUGAGGUUGAAGUGCUUCGGGUGAAGACUCCAAACGACACCGAAGAAACGUCCCGCCUGGCGGCGCUUCUGAAGGCCAAGGAGAGCGAGCUCGAGGACGCCAAGCAACUCCAGGAGGAGCUCGAGACCAAAAUCUGCGACAUCGAGGAGGAGCUGGAGCGGCGUGUGGCCGAGGAGAAGGACCUAGAGGCUGUGAGGGCAGAGCUGGACGCGGCGAAGACAAAGUGUUCACUGUUGAUGGACAGUGAGGGACGUCUCCUGGAUCAAGUGGAUGAAUAUGGGGCUCAAGUGGAGACUCAGCAGCAGGAAAUUGACCGACUCCAACAAGUGAUCAACACCCUGGAGGCGCAGCUCAUCGAGAAGGAGGCCCUCGAAGAAAAGCUGGCAGCGCUUGAGGCUGAACUCGGCGAGGAGCAGGCCAAGGGCCCAGUAGAUGACCAACACGAGGAGGUAGAGGAGCUGAGGGCUGCACUUCAGCAACAGGAAACAAGAAUAGAAGCCUUGAUCGGUGAAAAGGAGAAGCUGGAGCUCAAGCUCAAGGAGGCUGGGGCAAGGAUUGAGCAAGUUCAGAAGGAACGCGACGCCGCCAAGUCGAAAUACGACGAGCUGCGCGCCAAGCUGCUGGCCAAGCGCAAAGCUGCGGCUGCUGGGGCUUCCGAAGCUGGCAGACCCCCAUCUUCCGCUUCUUCGACCCGUGGCUCGCUUGCUGUCGACACCCGGCAAGAGGACCAGAACUUUGGCGGCUCCUCCUUCUCCCCGAUGCCUUCGCACUCCCCGGCCUCUUCGACGCAGGGCUCCACCACGUCGGCCGCCACCGCUACGCAAGACGCCUAUCGACGGCGGCGGAAU